AUGACGGCCAUCACUCACGCCAUCGAUGCGACCCCGCCCGUGCCCGUCCACGCCUCCCAUUGUUUCAACCAUCACGUUCCACAGAGAAAGCACAAACGUUUCGGUCCUUACAUUCUUUUGCAAACACUGGGCGAGGGGGAAUUUGGCAAAGUCAAGCUAGGUCAACAUAUCGAAACGGGGCAUGAGGUAGCGGUGAAAUUGAUCAAGAAGAAUGAUGUCGGUGCCGGUCAUCGUUUGAACAAGGUGGAACGAGAAAUUGCCGUGUUAAAGACGCUCAAGCAUCCAUAUAUAGUUAAGCUGUUCAAUGUCAUUGAAACAGACAAAUAUAUUGGUAUCAUUCUAGAAUAUGCUUCCGGCGGCGAACUGUUUGAGUACAUUCUCGCUAAUCGAUACCUAAAGGAGAAAGAUUCAUGCAAAUUGUUUGCUCAGCUCAUUAGCAGUGUGUACUACAUGCAUAGCAAAAAUAUCGUACAUAGGGAUCUCAAGUUGGAAAACCUACUACUCGAUAAGCAUCGCAAUAUUGUCGUUUCCGAUUUCGGAUUUGCCAAUCAGUUUACUUCGGAUUUCAACGAUUUGAUGGCCACGUCGUGUGGAUCGCCUUGCUAUGCUGCGCCCGAAUUGAUUGUCAAUGACGGUCUUUACGCUGGCUCUGCCGUCGAUAUUUGGUCCUGCGGUGUCAUCUUGUAUGCCAUGUUGUGUGGUUAUCUACCCUUUGACGAUGAUCCCUCCAAUCCGGAUGGCGACAAUAUCACGCUCCUGUAUCGAUACAUCCUUUCCACGCGUCUCGUGUUUCCCGCCUACAUCAGUUCCCACGCCAAAGAUUUGAUGAUGAAAAUGCUGGUGCCAGAUCCGAACAAACGAUGUACCCUCAAAGACAUCAUGCAUCAUCCGUGGUUG